AUGAUUGAUUUGGAAAUGGAUCCAUUCAGUAAGGAAAGAUCUCAGUGUUGCUCUGGGAUGCACAGUUGUCUCAAUAGAAUACUCAUUAGUGUGUGUGCGUGUGUGUGUGUGUGUGCAGGAGAUUUUGGUGAGGUAUGCCGCGGCUGCCUGAAGCUGCCCAGUAAGCGUGAUCUGCCGGUGGCCAUAAAGACUCUGAGAGCCGGAUGUUCAGAGAAGCAGCGGCGCUCCUUUCUCAGCGAAGCGGGAAUUCUAGGACAGUUCGAUCAUGCCAACAUCCUGCGUCUGGAGGGGGUCAUCACCAGAGGCAACACUAUGAUGAUCGUGGUGGAGAGCAUGGUGAACGGAGCGCUGGACUCGUUCCUGCGGAAACACGAGGGUCAGCUGACGGUGCUGCAGCUGGCGGAUCUGCUGAGCGGAGUUGCGUCUGGGAUGAAAUAUCUGACAGAGAUGGGUUUCCUCCAUCGGCGGCUGGCGGCUCAUAAAGUGCUGGUCAACAGCAGUCUGGUCUGCAAAGUGUCCGGCUUCAGACCGCUGCAGGACGACAAGAUCGAGGCCGUUUACAGCACGCUCCACGGAGGGAAGAGUCUGGUGUUGUGGACGGCUCCAGAAGCGAUCCAGUAUCGCCGCUACAGCUCUGCGUCAGACGUCUGGAGCUUCGGGAUCGUCAUGUGGGAGGUGAUGUCCUUCGGGGAGCGGCCCUACUGGGACAUGGGCAACCAGGACGUAAUAAAGGCUAUCGAGGAUGGUUUCCGGCUGCCGGCGCCGCUGAACUGUCCUCCGUCUCUACAUCAGCUGAUGUUGGACUGCUGGCAGAAGGAGAGAACGGAGAGACCGACUUUCACACAGAUCCACAGCGCUCUCAGCAAGAGCAUCCGCAGCCCAGACAACAUCGGCUCGUCCACGCUCGGACGCAGGACUCUGGGCUCGUCUGUAUCUCUGGCCGAGCGAACUCUUCCCUCUUUCCCGUCCUUCAGCUCAGUGGGCGAGUGGCUGGAGGCUGUAGACAUGGGCAGAUAUAAAGACAACUUCACCGCCGCUGGAUACUGUUACCUGGAGUCUGUGGCCCGCAUGACCGUACAGGAUGUGUUGAGUCUGGGCAUCACCUGUCUGGAGCACCAGAAGCAGAUCCUGUCGGCCAUUCAGACUCUGAGAGCGCAGGUGAUCCAGAUGCACGGCCGCGGGGUGCAGGUCUGACAGCGCCUCUCGCAGCCGCAGCACAGAGAAACACAACCCUGCACUGCAAAACAGGCUCUUCUUACUUACAGCUUUACUCCUGUUUCCAGUCCAAACAACUCAAAAUGCUCAAAUCAGGAACAUUUUAUAGACCAGCACUAAAUAUAGUCUUGCUUUCAGAAAUAAUGAGUCCAAAUGAAGAGAGUUUUUCAUUAAGUAUAUGUUAAAUAAUCUGCCAAUAGGGUAAGAGAAAUACACAAAUUUAAUCUGAAAGUUAGAUUAUUUUGCAUGCAUUGAAGGUAAGAGGUUGCAAACAACUCAUAUGGGCUGAAUUUAAACAAACAAAUGAAAUUUAGCAAUGUUCACCUUCAUAUGUUUGUUUAAAUUCAGCUCAUAUCAGUUGUUUUGCAGCCACUUACCUUUAAAAAUAUUUUGUUAAUCCAAUGAAACAUUUUUUUCAGUGUAUCCCUGUGUACUCCCUAUUUACUCUCUCUCAGGUGGUUAUAAAAUAACAAUGGGCUGCUUUUCAUUCCUUAAGGGAAGGUUUUGAGUUAUCAUUGGGCUGGAGGUACAUGGACCUGGCAACCCUGUAAACCUGUAACCACUGAGUAGGAGCAACAAAUACUAUAGAAGUCAAUGGUUACAGGUUUCCAACAUUCUUUAAAAUAAUCUACAUUUAGUCGUUUACUGUAGUAGACGCUUAUAUCCAAAGCUGUCAAUUAUCCUGUCAAUCACAAACACAUAUCACAUGGAAAACUAUUAUUCUGCUCACCCUAUUGGCUGAUUAUUUAGCUUGUUUUAAAGGAAAACUCAUUUAAAGGGGUAGUUCAUGAAAAAAUGUAAAUUUACUCACUGUUUACUCUGCCACAAGUGGUUUUUUAACCUCUGUUGGUUUCUUUCUGUUGUUAAACUAAUGAAGAUGAAGCAGAAAAACAAAUACCAUGGAAGUCAAUGGUUACUAGAAACUUUGUCUGACAAAAAAUAUUAGUAAUUUUUUCCUUAAAACAAGCAAAACAAUCUGCCAAUGGGGCAAACAAAACCACUGACUUCUGUAGAAGGAAAAACAAAUGCUGGUUACAGGUUUCCAACAUUCUUCAAAAUAUCUUCUUUUGUGUUUAAUAGAAUAAAAAGGGUUUGAAACAAGUAAAUGGUGAGUAAAUUAUGACAGAAUUGUCAUUUUUGGAUGAACUAAUAUGUUAAUUUUGAUGUAUUAUUUCAGAUUUUUCACGUUUAAGUAAAUUAUCUACCAGUGAGUAAAUAAAAUAAUCAGGUUUCAAGUGAAAAACAAGAUUAUUUAUUAUUUUGUUCACCUCAUUGGGAGGUUAUUUUGCUUGUUUUAAGGCAAGACUCACUUAAAGGGGUAGUUCACGCAAAAAAAAUGUCAUUUUACUCACUGUUUACACUCCUCUAGUGGUUUUAAACCUCUAUGAGUUUCUUCUGUUCACUCAAAGAAAUGAUUGCUGUUUGUUCAAACUACUUAAUUAAAAUGAGCUGGAACAACACAAUCCUUGACAUAUUUGGUGGACAACUUAAUUGUUUUGUUGUAAACACUUAAAUUUGUGAAGUUUGAUGUUUUAAAGAAAAAAAGUUAACACCA